CCUCUUCUUAUUACUAGCCUAUUCUCCACAGUCCAUUCUCAUCCUAACCCAACUCUCUGCGUCUCUCUUUCUAUUCUUUUCUUUCUCUCAACAACAUCCAAAACAUACAUGGGAAAUGGGUAUAAUCACCAUUUUCAUCACCAAAACCUGUAUAUUCACAAGAGUACAUUCUUGCCUAUGCUUUGUUCAAGGCCCUCCAUCAAAGACGUGGCGCUUCCCAAAUGGGAAGAUCGAUCUACCUCCGUUUCUAACGACCCUUUAUCUCCGAAGAUCGGUUGCAUGGGCCAAGUUAAGAGAACCAACAAGAUAGUCGGCUUCCCUACUUCUCACAAACUCACCCUUUCCACUAAAACCAACAACAGCAAUAAUAAUGUCAAGUACUUCAAACUCAAGAAGCUCUUUUCCGGGAAAAAUCUCACUGCCAAUACAAACAUUACAGCUACAACAACUACUACUACUUGUUGCAGAAGAAGAGAAGUGACCACGAAUGGUGUAAGUAAUAAGCCAAAGGUUGAAGAUGUUAAAGAGAGUGAUGUUUGCAUUAACAUAGUUGAAAUGGAUCCUCCUUUGCCGGUGAUCAAGAAGGUGGCAAAACCAGAUGAUAAAGGAGAUGAAAACAGUCUUUGGAAAAGGAGAUCAGGUGGGGGUGCAUUGAAGAGUUUACAGCUACAACAUCUUCAAAUUCCGAGGCACCAACUUGAAGUAUCAACUGUUUGAAUUGAAUGAGAAAACGUACGUUCUCUUCAAAUUAAGUGUGAUGAGAUAUGUUGCAUAGAAAAUGUAUAGGGUUUGUUUUGAUAUGAUAUUCCAAUUUUGAUAUUGUUCAAUUAUUUUGUGUUUAAUUAGAGCAUCAUCUCAUGUGAUGUUAUUAAUCAGUCUGUAUAUGAAAUU